CAUUGACAUCAUUAUUCUUCGUGGCUACUGGCUCGUAGGGGUUAGCAAUAGUAAACCAAGCACUUUAAAGAGCGGCACAACAUAUUUUGUUUUGUGGUCCAGAAAAAAUUGCGAGACAGUUUGUGAAUCAUGUCGGGUGUAGAAGAUGGAGAAUUGAAAGCUGGGCAUCUUCCUGCAGUGAAAGCUGGAGGUAUGAGGAUAACUCAACACAAGCUACCUAAAGAGGAACGUGAAGUCAAACCUUCUAAGGAUUCUGACGAGACAAAACCUUCAACGAGUCCCCCGAAGACGCUCUUGAUUAGUGGGGCUCCGACGAAAGGAAACGCGGACUUUCCUCCAGAAGCUGUGCAGAAGUUUCACGAGAAGCCGAUACCUACUCACGAUGCUCCUCGUCACACAAACCAUUCCAGAUCCGUCGUCAUUCAGCAGCCGAGAAAGUAGAUGAUCUUUUUUAUUCCACUCACACGAUGGAAUGGUGAGGAGGCGAUGAUAAAAAGAGUACAGUCAUAAAAAAAAUCAUAUGCAAACAAACGAAUUGCUUCCAGAUUAGAUAUCCACUUGUGAAACUUUCCUACGAUCUAAGUCUUAGAUCGCUCCAAGUACUCAAAAAUUUCAAAUUACGUUCCAGUCGUGGCUUGGCCUCAUUUCAGUUUAAUUUAGAUAAGAUUUAGUAAAAGAAAAAAAAAGCACAAAGACGUACAAUUUUAUAUCGAAGAUAAUCCUCAAAUUGAAAAGUAUAUAAUUGUUUAAAAUGGCAAUUAUAUUUUAUCAUUAUUGUGUAAAGUGUAACCUUUCGAGUGAUUAAUUAAGAAAUGGAAAAACUUUAUUACACUAUUAUUACUUUAUAGAUUGCAUUCUGUCAAUUUUAUAGUCUUCUUUUUUCCAGCAUUUAAAUUGAGUACUAAUAUUUUUUAGUUAUAAGAAAGUAUAAAUGCACUUUGUUUAAAACUAUAAAUUUUGUGGGACCAUUGAGAUGCAUUUUAAUAGUUGAAAAGGCAUUUAUGUAUUCCAUUGGUUUGUACUUCAAAGCCAGGUGCAUUGUUGCUACAUGUAAUAUUGGAUUACGGUUGCGGAAAUUAUUUUUUAAGAAAUAUCAGAUACUCAGGCGCAAAUAAUGUAAUUAUUGCAUUGGGCGGAAAGUUUGUCAGAAUUAUCAAUUCGUUGUCGAAAUGACAUCGUAAAUGAGUAUAAUUAGCGCAAUAAUUAAAGCUUUUUGCGAGUGAUUGUACUCUGAGGGAAUGGCGAAUAAACAAACUUGAAGAGAAAUUUUUCUAAA